GUUCCCGCCAAAUCUUCACAUGUCUAAAUUGGGUCAGCGUGCUUGUUGUUUUGCAGAAUACUUCCACGUAUUGUAGCUUUGUGCAGAAGCAAAAAUGUGGAUCCAGGUGCGGAGCAUGGACGGCAAGACUUGCCAUCGUAUAGAUGGUCUGUCGAAGCUGACGAAAAUUGAAGAUUUGCGCUCCAAACUGGUGGACCCAUUCGACGCACCGGCUGAAAGACAGCGACUGUUUUACAGGGGAAAACAGCUUGAAGAUGGGCACACAUUGUUUGACUAUGACGUACAUCUUAAUGAUAUUGUGCAGCUUAUGGUGCGAAUGGCUGCACCACCCUGUGAGAAGGAAGUAACAAAGGACACUGAAGAGGUGAACAGUGAGGAUGACAGCAACUCUUCCAACAAGGAGAAUGAGCCUGAAAACAUGCAGACAUCUGAACCCUCAACUAGUCAGCAUACAACCUCUUCCACUGAUAGUGGCUUUGAAGAUAUGCACUCCACUUACAAGGUUGGUGAUAUAAUUGAUGCAAGAGACAACACCAUGGGUGCAUGGUUCGAAGGAAAGAUUGUAAAAAUAACAAGAUAUGUAGAUGAAGACUCCAGUGACAAUGAGAGCGUCAAAUCUGUAGAGAAGAAUAAUAACAUGAAGGAAGAAAAUCCAACAAUAUCUCCAACCAAUGAAGAAAAGGAACAAAGUGAAGACCUUAAGGUUGAUGAAACUCUAGUUAAGAAUGAAGCCACAGCAGAAGUGACAGGAAAUAAUAAUAAUAUUGAGGAGACAAUGGAGGUGGAUGACCCACAAGAUAAAGAAAUAACAUGUGAUAAUGUAACAGAUCCAAACCCAUUAGGAAUGUCUACCUCUGAUCAACACCAAACCUCUGAAAAAGAUCAGGAAGAUAAUACCUCAAACAACGUAAAAGACACAAAUGAUGCAGGAAACUCGGACCCUGAAGAGGGUGCUUUAACUUCAGUGCAAGGAGAAUACCAAAAAGAACAAAAUGGCAGCUUGUCUAUAGGCAAUAGUAAUACCUCAGAAUCCUCAAAAGACCUAAUCUCAAAAGUUGAACUUGAGAAAAUACCUGACGAUGACUUUAUUUAUCAUGUUCAGUAUGAGGGUUAUGAAGAAGAAGAAGACAUAGCUAAAGUGAGAAGCUCUUCUAUCAGGCCUAGAGCCCGAAAUACUAUCUCACUAAAAGACAUACAAGUGAAUGAUAGGGUUAUGGUGAACUUUAACUAUGAUGAACCCAAGGCAAGGGGGUACUGGUAUGAUGCCAUUAUCACAGGAAAAAGGGACACACGGACUAUAAAGGAGUUGUAUGCAACUGUGUUCUUAGGAGCUGAUCUCAUGGCAUUAGAGGAUUGCAAGAUUUUAUUCAUUGAUGAGGUAUUUGCAAUAGAAAAACCAGGUUCCCAGAUUAAUACAAGUGACCCGGGAUCUGCUGCAGCUACCCCAACAAAACGUCAAAACAAACCCGAGUGUGAUCACUGCUUAGACAAUCCCAGAAGGAAAUGCAAACACUGUGCCUGUCAUGGGUGUGGUGGGAAGAAUGACCCAGAUAAACAGAUUAUGUGUGACGAGUGUGACAUGGCCUUCCACCUUGCCUGCCUGGAUCCUCCUCUAGAAGCAGUUCCUGAUGUAGAGGAAUGGUAUUGUCCUUUGUGCAAGAAUGAUGAAAGCGAAGUAGUGAAGGCAGGAGAAAAACUAAAACAGAGUAAGAAGAAAUCAAAAAUGGCAUCAGCAAACAGUACAGCACAACGGGAUUGGGGGAGGGGUAUGGCUUGUGUUGGAAGAAGCAAGAUCUGCAACAUUGUCCCCCCCAAUCACUUUGGUCCCAUUCCAGGUAUUGAAGUGGGAACCACUUGGAAGUUCAGGGUCCAGGUGAGCGAGGCAGGUGUUCAUCGUCCUCAUGUUGCUGGCAUUCAUGGGAGAGAUGUAGAAGGGGCAUAUUCUAUUGUGCUGUCAGGAGGAUAUGAAGAUGAUGAGGAUAAUGGUGACACCUUCUAUUACACUGGAAGUGGAGGCAGAGACUUGUCUGGAAAUAAACGCACAGCUGAACAAUCCUGUGAUCAGACACUCACAAGAACCAACAGAGCUUUAGCAAAGAACUGCAAUGCUCCCCUGAAUGACAAACAGGGCGGGGAAGCCUCAGACUGGAAAGCUGGAAAACCUGUAAGAGUAGUGAGGAACUGCAAGGGAAGAAAACAUUCCAAAUAUGCACCAGAGGAAGGGAAUAGAUAUGAUGGGCUUUAUAAGGUGGUAAAAUACUGGCCAGAGAAAGGUAAAUCUGGUUUCAUAGUUUGGAGAUACUUGUUCAGACGAGAUGAUCCCACCCCAGCCCCGUGGACAAAAGCUGGCAAGAAAAGGAUCGAGGAAUUGGGGCUGACCAUCCAGUACCCACAGGGUUAUCUGGAGUCACAGAGAGAGAAGGAACAACAGAAUGCUGAGGCGGAAAAUAAGAAAGGAAAGGGCAAAAGGAAGAGAGAGGAAAGUGAAUCUCCAAAGUCCACUCCAGAAAAGAAACAAAAAGUUGCUGCUUAUAAAUUUGACCCUGAGGUAGCAAACUUGGUGAAAGAGGAUGUGGAGAAUAAAAAACUCUGGAAAGAAGCUAAAGAACAUGCUAAGGAAGGGGUACAGAAAUUCUUGGCAAAAGUUGAGGAACUUUUCCUGUGUAUCUGUUGCCAGGAAAUAGCAUACAAGCCUGUUACAACCAAGUGUCAUCACAAUGUGUGUAAGUCCUGCCUGUCCAGAUCAUUCAAAGCAGAGGUGUACUCUUGUCCAAUGUGUAGAACAGAACUAGGCAAAGAAUACAGCAUGGCUGUGAACAAAACUCUGAGCAAGAUCCUCAAUGCACUGUUCCCUGGGUAUGAAAAUGGACGCUGACUCAAGAUUUAUAGUUGAAAAUGUUCAUUUGUGCAUGAAUAAUUUUUGGAAGCAACCAGUGCAUUUCAAAUUUUAAUGAUUACAAAUGGUCUUGUUAGAUACUUGAAUUAUUAUGACUAAAUUUUAAAAUUUCUUUAUUCUGAUAAUCAAAGUAGAAUUACACUUGUCUGAGUGAAUCAAAAAAUGUAAGUUUUGUGGUCUGGAAAAAAUACUGUUACGGAUGAAGGAAAACAAUAAUGAUCCAAUGAUGACUACCAAUGCCAUGGCACAGCCGAGGUGUAUUUAUCAGUUAGAUGUAUAUAUGUUUGCUCCAUUGGCCAUUUACAGCAUUUUAAAGUUUUUUGAAGAGCAUUGUCUCAAUUUGCUUCUUAUAAAUGCAAUGAAUACUAGUUUCACAGGACAUUAAAAAAAUUAAUAUUUAAAUAUGAAUUGAGUUAUAGUUGGAGACAGGUGAAAUACUAAAUGUGUUGCUUUUGUAAUUGUUUAUAACAAGUGUUUGUCUUUUUACUCCCAGUAGUUAAUUUUAUAAAGAAUUAUUGUAAAAGGAUUUUAAUUGAA